AUGGUCAAUCAUAAAGGAGCAGCGAUGCAACAUAUCAAACAUAUUAAGGCUGCCAAGCAUAAUUUGCCGGGAAGCCGAAAGAACGGGAUAUCUUCAUUCCAUCGGAUGGUUCAAGGAAAGCCUAGAACGGUAAACGAUGCUAGCGAAUGGAUGGUUCUUUUGUUUACAUUACACGCAUCACCCAUAUCUCAUUCCAACCAUCUUCCACUUGUCAUUCAAGACCCACUUGUCAUUCAAGACCCACUUGUCAUUCAAGACCAAUUGCCAUCCCACCAACAUCACGAAUUUCUCACAAGACAAUACUGGUGGCUUUCAAAUGCAAGCAAACAUGGCAUCACUUCACUUCACAAGAAAAGCCUCACAAGUGAAAACGCCAAGUUCUUCUUUGACGCUUCGGGAAAUUCUUUGAAAGUUCAAUGA